AUGGCUGUACAAAAGCAUAUGUACCCAUUCAUCAUCAUCCUCUCCUUCAUUUCAUGCUACACCAGCCUUCAUGAUGGUCCACCUCAUAGCAAAUACGUUCAAGAAGAAUCUGGGUUAGACUUUGAGAACUCAGCCAAGCUACAAAUUGGAAUCUAUGGUUUUAAGACGUUUCAGAGGCUGGCAGCUUCUGCUAACACAAUCAAUGUAGUUGAUUUUGGAGCCAAAGGUGAUGGAACUCAUGAUGACAAACAGGCAUUUCAGAUGACUUGGCAAAAUGCUUGUUCAUCAACAGGAGCUAUCUUGGUGGUACCUCAAAAAAAUAACUAUCUUCUUAAGCCAAGUAGAUUUUCUGGUCCUCGCAAAUCUAAUCUGACAAUGCAGGUCACAUCAGUUACAUAUAGAAAGGGUUCCAACAAAAAGGAUAGAAUUUAA